UCUGUAAUUAUCUUAAGCGUUAUCCAUUGUUGAACGAGACGAAAAUUACAUGUAUCCCAAGGAAUUCAAUGAAGUGAAUUGAUCGUUUCCUCCGAGUUUUAAGUUUUCGUUUCGGAAUGUAAGAAGCCCGAACUUUCUAUACGCCCAUUUUCAUAAAGCGAGAUUUCCGCUAACCUUGGUUUUCCAAGUCUAUUUGACCUACUAGAUGCUGCAGGGGAGAGAGAUUUGAAUGAAACGUUUCAUUUUAAUAAGAGAAGGAAGCAAUCAAAAUGGAAAGAAAUGUUUCAUCUGAUGUCAUAAAGCAUAAUGAUCGCACUGGUUACCAAAGCAUUAAAAAUGAUGAGGCAGAAAUUGAAAAGAAUACAGACUGCGAAAAACCAUCAGAUUCUAUUCAUUCCGCAAAUUCAGCUAGGUUUCAUCGUUGUAUCGAAUUAGUCAAAUCGUUAAGGACAGAGCCGGUUAUGUUCCUAUUUAUGUUCUCUUACAUCCUUAAUUCAACUUGCUUAACCAAUAUGAUAAUGGAAAAAGGUUGUUUGUAUUAUUUAAACUAUUCCAAAGAGAUUUGUGCCAAUCUUUCCCAUCACAAAAACGCAAGUGAUGAUGCAGAAAUUCUAGCAAACAAUUACAAUCUUUAUAUAAAUUUGCUGGCUCCCAUCGGAGCUGUCAUUGUAAUAUUCUUGGCUCCAUGGAGUGAUAAGCAUGGAAGAAAACCACCCCUGAUAGUAGCCUUGUUUGGGUACUUUAUCUACGAUGUCGGAAUUAUUCUUUGCACCAUAUAUUUCAAUUCCUUGAUAGAAUACAUCAUAGUUUCGAACUUGGCCAUUCAGAUAACAGGUGGCUUUAUCUGUAUUAUGACCGUUAUAUAUAGUUUGACAUCAGAGACCUCAUCUACAGAAUUCAGAUCGUUAAAGUAUACUUUCCUACAAAUUGCUUUUGGACUUGCCGUUACUCUUGGUGCCUUAGCUGGUGGGCAAAUAUACGAUCAUUACGGAUAUUUGGCAGUUUUUACAACGAUGACAGUUGGACAUCUUCUUGCUAUUGCGUGGGUCAUAUUCUUCGUGCCAGAAACGCAAGGCCUUGAAAGUGGUUUGAACUGUUGUGAGAAAUUUCGAGACUUGUGCUCAUCCCAGAACUUCACUGAUGGACUGAAGACAUGUUUAAAAUCCCGUGAGAACAAAGGCAGAACGCAGUUGUGGCUUUUGCUCCUUUCUGCUUGCACUAUUGCCUUGACGUAUGAAGUGUACACAAAUAUUGCUUACGUGUACGCCCACCAUAUGUACAAAUGGGGCCCCACUACCUAUUCUUUGAUGUGGACUGUCUUCAGCUUGCUGGAAAUGAUUGUGUUCUUGGUAUGCACGCCUCUGCUCAUCAAGGUCUUCAAACUUAGUGAUCCGCUAAUUGGAAUCAUUGGAAGUGUAUCUAUAAUAGGAAAAAAUAUUUUCUUGGCAGUAGCAUUCCAGCUCUGGCUCUACUACAUGAGUAACAUUUUUGGAUCUCUUAACGGCAUGGGAAAUUUAGCUGUGAGAGCACUUAUUUCCAAAUUAGUAGAGGAAGACGAAUUAGGUAAAGUGUUUUCGUUCCUGGCAACAUGUGAAGCGAUAGUUCCGCUAAUGGCUGCUGCUAUUAUUGCGAAAAUAUUCAAUGCAACCAUCAAGAGUUUCCCUGGUACUUGUUAUCUUGCUGCAACUGUGUUUUUGAUGCUCCCUUUAAGUACCUUUAUAUGGUUGUUUAGACGUCCGGCUUCUCAAAAGAAAUCCUAUAGUUAAUUGUUUUUAUUCACUAUUGUUGGUGAAGGCUAACUUCGCAGCAUAAGUAAAGGUGUGAUUAAGCUCUCUGAAGCCUUUCCAAUGCUGCCUACUCAGCUUUGCCCCAAAUACAGACAAGAUUUCUGUCAACAAACUGAAUAUGUUCCAUUUAAAAUAUUUGUUUUUGGGAAGUAUUUGUAUUUUUCACAAAAUAAAUUGUUUUUA